UUAGCAGGGAGUGUAACAAAAGUCUGGGAUUGCCGGCUCCUGGCUGUGUCAGGAAGAGAAAGCUUCAAUGGAUCCAGCUGUGUUCCUGGUGCUCAGUCUCUCCUGUUUGCUUCUCCUUUCACUCUGGAGACAGCACUCAGCGAGAAGGAAGCUCCCGCCUGGCCCCACUCCUCUCCCGAUUAUUGGAAAUAUCCUGCAGAUGGAUUUAAAGGACAUCAGCAAAUCCUUCUCUAAUUUCUCAAAAGUCUAUGGUCCUGUGUUCACUCUGUAUAUUGGUACAAAACCCACUGUGGUGUUGCACGGGUAUGAAGCAGUGAAGGAGGCGUUAAUUGAUCUUGGAGAGGAGUUUGCUGGAAGAGGCAGCUUCCCAGUGGCUGAAAGAAUGAAUAAAGAUCUUGGAGGGAUCUUUUUAAGCAGUGGAAACAGAUGGAAAGAAAUGCGGCGCUUCUCACUCAUGACCCUGCGUAAUUUUGGGAUGGGGAAGAGGAGCAUUGAGGACCGAGUUCAAGAGGAGGCCCGCUGCCUGGUGGAGGAGCUGAGAAAAACCAACGCCUCACCCUGUGAUCCCACCUUUAUCCUGGGUGCUGCCCCCUGCAACGUGAUCUGCUCCAUUAUUUUCCAGAACCGUUUUGAAUACACAGAUCAGGAUUUCCUUACUUUUUUGAAACUGUUGAAUGAAGGCAUCAAUAUUCUGAGCUCCCCAUGGAUACAGGUCUGCAAUAAUUUUCCAGUUCUCAUUGAUUAUUUCCCAGGGAGUCAUAAAACAUUUAUGGAAGAUAUGACCUGUAUCCAAAAUUUUAUUUCAGAGAAAGUAAAAGAACACCAACAAUCCCUGGAUAUGAACAAUCCUCGAAACUUUAUUGACUGUUUCCUGAUCAAAAUGGAACAGGAAAAGCACAACCAGCAGUCUGAAUUUACCCUUGAAAACCUGAAAUACACUGUAGGUGAUCUAUUUGCUGCUGGGACAGAGACCACAAGCACCACUCUCAGAUAUGGACUCCUGCUCCUGCUGAAGUACCCAGAGGUCACAGCUAGGGUCCAGGAGGAGAUUGAGCAUGUGAUUGGCAGACACCGGAGCCCCUGCAUGCAGGACAGGAGCCGCAUGCCCUACACGGAUGCUGUGAUACAUGAGAUCCAGAGAUUCAUUGACCUGGUCCCCACCAGUUUGCCCCGUGCUGUGACACGUGAUGUUAAAUUCAGGAACUACCUCAUCCCCAAGGGCACGACCAUAUUAACAUCACUGACAUCAGUGCUACACGAUGACAAAGAAUUCCCCAACCCAGAGAGCUUUGAUCCUGGCCACUUCCUGGACAAGAGUGGCAACUUUAAGAAGAGUGACUAUUUCAUGCCUUUCUCAACAGGAAAACGUAUUUGUGUGGGAGAGGGCCUGGCCCGCAUGGAGCUGUUUCUAUUCCUCACCACCAUUUUACAGAACUUUAGGCUAAAACCUCUGGUUGAUCCAAAGGACAUCAACAUCACCCCAGUUGUCAAUGGAUUUGCUUCUGUGCCUCCUCCAUACCAGCUCUGCCUCAUUCCUGUCUGAAGAAAACAGAUUGCCUGGGCCCAUCUCCGCCUUCAUCCACAACUCCUCUUCCUCUGGUCAGCUCCUUCUCUUUAUAGGAGAUGCUUUCUCAGACCUCUCCUCUCAUAUUCUUAUUCCUUCAAGAUCCACUUACCAUCCAACUUCCUUUAAGGAAAGUUUCCUGAAUUUUCACAAAUAAAAUAUAUGACUACCAUUCUUCAUACUCCCCAUACCUAUAUGCUCUCUAAUUUAAUACUUAUAUGAGUGAUUACUGAGGUUUCAAUGAAAACAGACCAAAACUUGGAAGAUAUUGUUAUGUGAAAUAAAACAUAAAUAAAAAACAGAAACUGCAUAAUGUAAUUUACAUCAAAAAAUCUGAAGUUUGAAGUCAUAGAAGUAGAGAGAAGUUCACUCGAAGCUGGGAUAGGGAUUGGAUUGGAUGAGUAAAGGUGAGAAGUUAGCUAAAACGCACAAAAGUUCAGUUAGUCUGGUAGAAGGAAAAAUUUCUAAUGAUCUAUUUGACACUGUGAUAACUAUUGCUAUUAAUAAUUCAUUGUAUAUAUCAAAACUAAUGUAACAGGUUUCAAUGUUCUCAUCACAUACAAAGAAUAAGUAUGUGAGAUAAUGACCAUGUUAAUUAACCUAUUUUAAUUAUUCUACAGGGAAUACAUAUAUCACAACCUAUUGUACUCUGUGUAAAAAUGUAUACUGUUUUUCAAUGAAAAACAUAUGGAAGUGGAUUAAAAUUAAAAGUGCAUAUUAAAACCAAA